AUGGCUAACAACGCACGUCCUCUUAGGGACUACGCCGUUCCUUCCGAAGAAGAACCGCAUUCGAGCAUCGCGCCCCCUAACAUCGAAGCAAGAAACUUCGAGUUGAAACCCGCUUUGUUGCAAAUCGUGCAACAAAACCAGUUCUCUGGUUCCCCUACGGAGGAUCCUAACCUCCAUUUAUCAGUGUUUGUGCAGUACGCAGACACAAUAAAAGCAAAUGGUGUCGAACCCGAAGCAAUACGACUCCGUCUUUUCCCGUUUUCUUUGAGAGAUAGAGCUAGAGCUUGGCUCCAAGCUCUACCUUCGAACUCCAUCACUACAUGGAACGAAUUGAAGAAACAAUUCUUGGCCAGAUAUUUCCCGCCAAGCAAGACAGCUAUGCUAAGAGCCCAAAUCAACGGAUUUAGGCAAAAAGAAGGAGAAUCACUUUUCGAAGCAUGGGAAAGAUACAAGGACAUGAUGAGACUCUGUCCACACCACGGUCUAGAACAAUGGCUCAUAAUCCAUACCUUCUAUAAUGGCCUGCUUUAUAACACAAGACUAACCAUAAAUGCAGCCGCCGGCGGAGCGCUGAUGGAUAAACCUUACCAAGAAGCCACCCAGCUUAUAGAAAACAUGGCCCAAAACCAUUAUCAAUGGGGAAGCGAACGCGCUGCCAUAGAGAAAUCCCAGACAAAAGGCGGUAUAUACGAAGUAAGUGGCAUAGACCAUGUCAACGCCAAAGUAGAAGCCCUUACUCAAAAGUUGGAGAGUUUAACCCUGCCAACCACAUCCACCGUAGCUGCAAUCCAACCAAAUUGCGAAGUAUGUGGAGUCCCUGGUCACGUACCAUCUGAUUGUGCUAUAUUAGCCGGACUCGACCAAGUACACUAUGCCGCUCUGUCCAAUAACUAUAAUCCUGGCUAUAAGAAUCAUCCUAAUUUAUCUUAUAGGAACAACAAUACACUCAACCCUCCUACUCAAGCACCUCCAGGUUACCAAAAGCAAGGAGGAUAA